AUGGGCCAUUAUGGGAUUCACCACUCUGGUUGCGUUCUUUCAUCGUGGUUUUCCUGCUCGAGCUUUCAUGCCUGGUUCACUGCGGGGGCUUGCGUCACACCACGCGACCAUCGUGCCGCCGUCAUCAGCUUAUACUACGCAUAUACGGUGGAUAUAAUUACUGAUCUAGCUAUUAUGGCCUUGCCCUUAUGCCUUAUUUGGAACCUGAAAAUGCAAGUGAAACAAAAAUUGAGCAUCGGCGGCCUCUUUUGCUUUGGCUGGAUCUGCAUCAUCAUUUCCACUAUUCGUGUCAUCCAGCUAGGAGAGACCGCCAAUGCGGUCAUAAUCGGAUGCUGUCCUGGUCUAUAUCGCAUCGUCAAAACCGCCAUUCCAGCUUCCAAGAACUCUUACACGUAUGAAUCGUACGGCAUGCGGGGGGAUGAAGGUAGUGGUAUCCCAUCUCAUCGAUCAGUAGGACUUAGGGAAACCCAUAUUGCGAUAAACAGCUUUACUGGGAAAGUUGAGGCGUACCAAUCGACAAGUGCAUAUCGGUGCUCCAGCUCGGCGAGUAGUCAAGAAAAGCUAGCCCAUCCAAGUGAUAGAUGCAAUAUCAUGGUAAGCUAUGGGGUUGCGAUCACGGUGGAAGAUAGAUCGAGUGAUUACGACCGCCCAACGCGUUUUGUAUGA